GCAUACGAUUUCACUUGCCACGAUGGACGGAUUUCAACGUUUGCGAAUAUAAGCUGCGCGAGCAACUUCGAAAACACCACUGUACUCAUCAAAACUGCCUUCCUGACCGGCACAGUGGACGGCAACCCAGUGGAGACGGAAAGCGCGGAAAGAUAUACGUUGACAUCUGGUCGUGACGUGUUGUUCGCAUUGGGCGUUGCAUACACCAGCCCUACAACUGCCACGCUGCCCAGCUCUACUGCAACUGAGACCGAUUCGGUAACCUCUCGAACUGAUUCUACCACGACUGACGGCAACGCAUCUACCACGUCUGGCGCGUCUGAGUCCUCGGCUUCAACCAAUGCCGCAGAUUCCACUUCAAGUUCAGCAUCUCCUCCACCGAGGGGAAUGAAACUAGUCGCUCUACUUGCUAUGGGCCUAGCAGUGAUAUUCACA